AUUUCCUCAUGAACAAGAAAUCCCACGUUUCAAAUCUCUCUUCAUCUUCUUCUCCACCGCUUCAUUAGGUUUCCGGUUACUCUCUCCAUCGUAAAAACCCUAACUUUCACAGAUCCAAACCCUAAACCGGAGUGUUAAACGGCGGCGGCAAUGGCGACGGCGGCGACGAUGGUGAGUUCGGCAGGUGGUUUAUUAGCGAUGCUGAACGAGCCCCACCCGCAAUUGAAGCUGCACGCGCUCUCAAAUCUCAACACAUUUGUUGAUUACUUUUGGCCUGAGAUCUCUACUUCUGUCCCUCUCAUUGAAAGCUUGUACGAGGAUGAAGAGUUUGACCAAAGACAACUAGCUGCAUUACUUGCUUCAAAGGUUUUCUAUCAUUUGGGUGAACAUAAUGUCUCAUUAUCCUAUGCCCUUGGAGCUGGCCCUCUUUUUGACGUUUCUGAGGAUUCUGACUAUGUUCAUACAGUUCUAGCUAAAGCCCUGGAUGAGUAUGCAAGCCAUAAGACUAAGGCAGCAGAGUCAAAUGAUGAAGCCACAAUGGUGGAUCCCAGGCUGGAGGCUAUUGUGGAGAGAAUGCUUGAUAAAUGUAUAAAGGAUGGGAAAUAUCAACAAGCCAUUGGCAUGGCCAUUGAAUGCCGAAGGCUGGAUAAGGUUGCUGAAGCAAUUGUGAGGAGUGAUAAUGUUGAUGCAACUCUAGCAUACUGCAGUAAUGUCUCCCAUAACUUCGUCAAUCGUAGAGAAUAUCGGAGUGAGGUGCUUCGUCUUCUUGUCGAAGUGUAUGAGAAGUCACCAUCUCCAAACUAUUUGAGCAUGUGCCAGUGGCUUAUGUUUUUGGAUAAACCAGAGGAUGUAGCGAGCAUAUUGGAAAAGCUAUUAAGAUCAGAAAAUAAAGAUGAUGCUCUAUUGGCAUUUCAAAUAGCUUUUGACCUUGUAGAGAACGAGCACCAAGCUUUUCUUUUGAGGGUAAGAGACCGGCUUUCCAGCCCAAAUCUACAAUCUUCAGAGCCGGUACAGUCGUUACCUGUAGAUUCUGAUCGAGCACCGACUGAAGAUGCAGAAGCUUCAGAGGAUGUUCCGUUGUUGGAAGAAAGUAGACCUUUAGAGGAAAGUAGACCUUCAGGUGGAACGUUAACAACUGCAGAUCCAAAAGAAGUUAUAUAUGCUGAAAGGUUGGGAAAAUUAAAAGGGAUUCUAUCAGGGGAGACCUCAAUACAGUUGACCUUGCAAUUCUUAUACAGCCAUAACAAGUCAGAUCUCCUUAUUCUUAAAACAAUAAAGCAGUCUGUUGAGAUGAGAAAUAGUGUUUGUCACAGUGCAACAAUAUAUGCGAAUGCGAUCAUGCAUGCUGGAACUACUGUGGAUACAUUCCUCAGGGAGAACCUGGACUGGCUAAGCCGUGCAACAAAUUGGGCUAAAUUCAGUGCAACAGCUGGACUAGGUGUUAUUCACAGUGGCCAUUUACAGCAGGGGAGAUCACUUAUGGCCCCUUACUUGCCACAAGGUGGUGCUGGUGGAGGUGGUAGUCCAUAUUCAGAAGGUGGUGCCUUGUAUGCUCUGGGUUUAAUUCAUGCAAAUCACGGAGAGGGCAUCAAGCAGUUUCUUCGGGAUAGUCUAUGUAAUACAAAUGUCGAGGUUAUUCAGCAUGGUGCCUGCUUAGGACUUGGGUUGGCAGCUUUAGGAACUGCUGACGAAGACAUUUAUGAUGACAUUAAAAACGUGCUAUAUACUGACAGUGCUGUUGCUGGAGAGGCUGCUGGUAUUGGUAUGGGUUUAUUGAUGGUUGGAACUGCAAGUGAGAAGGCAAGGGAGAUGCUUGCUUAUGCUCAUGAGACGCAACACGAGAAGAUAAUCAGGGGUUUGGCACUAGGUAUUGCCCUUACAGUCUAUGGAAGGGAAGAAGAAGCAGAUACAUUGAUCGAGCAGAUGACUAGGGAUCAAGACCCUAUAUUGCGUUAUGGUGGCAUGUAUGCUUUGGCAUUGGCUUACAGAGGAACUGCGAAUAAUAAGGCUAUCCGACAGUUGCUGCAUUUUGCUGUAUCAGAUGUUAGUGAUGAUGUCCGCCGGACUGCCGUUUUGGCACUUGGAUUUGUUAUGUAUUCUGAGCCAGAGCAGAUGCCUCGUAUUGUCUCAUUGUUAUCGGAGUCUUACAAUCCACAUGUGCGAUAUGGCGCGGCAAUGGCAGUUGGAAUUUCUUGUGCAGGUACCGGUCUGAGUGAGGCCAUCUCAUUGUUGGAGCCUUUGACAUCAGAUGUAGUUGAUUUUGUUCGCCAAGGUGCUCUCAUAGCGAUGGCCAUGGUGAUGGUCCAGAUAAGCGAAGCCAGUGAUUCCCGUGUUGGUGCCUUCAGGCGACAGCUGGAGAAAAUUGUCCUAGAUAAGCAUGAAGAUACCAUGAGUAAAAUGGGUGCAAUUUUGGCCUCUGGAAUUCUUGAUGCUGGUGGAAGAAACGUGACCAUAAAAUUACUUUCAAAGACGAAGCAUGAUAAAAUUACAGCAGUCGUUGGACUAGCUGUUUUUAGUCAGUUUUGGUAUUGGUAUCCGCUUAUAUAUUUUGUUAGCUUAGCAUUCUCGCCAACAGCCUUAAUUGGUCUGAACUCUGACCUAAAAGUGCCAAAGUUCGAUUUUGUAUCACACGCCAAACCCUCACUGUUUGAGUAUCCUAAGCCAAUCACUGUAACCACGACAACGUCUUCCGUCAAACUUCCCACAGCUGUUCUAUCAACAUCAGCUAGGGCCAAGGCAAGGGCUAGCAAAAAAGAGGCUGAGAAAGCCAAUGCCGAGAAGGCACCUGGAGCAGAGUCAUCUUCUGGUGCAACAAAUUCUGGGAAGGGCAAGUCUACUGAUAAGGAUGGGGAGUCCAUGCAGGUGGAUACUCCUGCAGAGAGGAGAAACGAACCGGAGCCAUCAUUUGAGAUCUUGACCAACCCUGCUAGAGUGGUUCCAGCUCAGGAGAAAUACAUUAAGUUCUUGGAAGACAGCAGAUACGUGCCAGUUAAAUCAUCACCUUCCGGUUUUGUGCUUCUGAGAGAUCUACGUCCUGAUGAACCUGAAGUGUUGUCCCUCACCGAUGCACCCUCAUCAACUGCAUCCAGCACUGGUGGAUCAACUGGACAACAGACACCGGCAUCAGCAAUGGCUGUUGAUGAGGAGCCACAGCCACCACCAGCAUUUGAGUACACGUCGUGAUUUAUUGUAAUUUAAAAGCUUCACCAAUACUUUGGUUUUCAUUCCAUAUUGGAAGGUGAUGUUGAAUGGGCAGAGGUGGAAACUUAUGGAUUAAUAGCACUUUCCAUGGUCAAUUGUGUCGUGGGAUACAUCGCAAAGAGCCCUGUGGGCUGUUAUUCGGCCUCCUGAUUACCAGACUUGUUCUUGUGCUUGUCAUCAUAUUUUGUUUGCAAGAGGACUUAGGAAGACGAUGACUGGAAAUUUCCGUUGCUCGUGAUAUUUGCCUAAAUCUGCCACAGAUCUUCUGUCCUAGACUUUCUGAAAUUUACUUAUGAUUUAAUUAAGAUUUUAUGUUGAUUGGAUCUUCAAAAGAACGAAAAAAAGGUCCCACUGUUCCCUAA